GAGAGGUAACAUCACUGGUCCCCUAUGACACCUGCAAGUGUGUGUGAGUGUGAGUGUGAAAUUGACAGUCUGUGUGUGUGUGUGUGUGUGAGAGAGAGAGAGAUAGAGAGAGAGAGAGAGGGGGGAGAGGAAGAUAGGCAGACUAAGUGACAGGCUGAAACUCAGGAGGGAAGAAAUUUUAAGACUCUGAACAAAGAGCAAAUAAGAAACACCAAAAGAAAGAUGAAGAAAAUGAGAAGAACAACAACAACCAGAGCCCCAAAACAACAGAGGACGAACAUAUGUGAAAAGGAAACUAAGCACCAAGGACGGUCACACUAGCCAAACCAAGCAAGCAAGCAGUCAUGGAUGAUCAUUCAUCGACCCAGUCCUUCCCAAACCUCCACCACCAUCACCACUGCCCAUCCUUUCACCUCACCUUGCCCAGCAUUCAGAGCCCAGAGGUGGGAUAUCAGCCCGACCUGGACCCCCUGGAGCAGUAUGGAAGCAGAGGGGAGGAAUCUGCAGUGUCCUGCCCAGAUUUAGCCAGCUCUUCUGGGGCAAGAAGAAGGGGCAGUGAGAAUGAUAGAGGAUUCCAAAGCAUAAGUGGUAGCGGUUUGGAUGAAGAUGGGAGCUUGAGAGGCCAUCUUGAAAGAGAUGGCGGCUCAGGCAGCCAUUUUGUGGAUUCCUGGUAUGGCGGUGUCAAAAAAGAAGAUGAUUGGGAGGACGGUGAGAGCUGCGAUAGCACUGCAGAUGAUUUUUAUCGGAAAGGUGAUUGCUACGGUAUUACAAAUGGCUCUUCUUACACCCUGAAUUGUGGAAGCAGGGAAGGACUAAGGCAAAAACUAGGCACAAACUAUAAUAGCUAUGCACGGGCUAAUUGGGAUGCCAAAAGAGAAAUUGUCUACAACAGGGAGGCUAAUGUUAGCCACUUAACUAAACAAACUACUUCCCACAGCAGAAGUGCUGCAGGGGGCUUCAACGACAACAGUGCAGAUUAUCGUAGGACAGAUUCAAGAGGGAGUGAUCAUUAUUUAGGAAGAGAAGAAGACUAUGGGUCUCGUUGUGUUUCAGGUGAGGAUCAGAAUCAAGCAGCAGAUUCUGAGGGUCCCUGGCUCAGCGUUCCUCCCUACACUCAGACAGGAGACGGGAGGUGGAGAGGAGAAGCCGACACCAUUACCCUGGCUUCAACAUGUCCACCACAGAGAUCACCCAUCACCAUCAGCAGUGGCACUUACCCUCAGAAACUGGACUCCUUCUCUGAGGCUUUCCUCUCUCAAAGAAAGAAAAUGUUCCCCAUGAUUCACAGUGAAGAUUCCUCAGGACAGAUCUGGGAAUUUGGAGCAGGCAGAGGAGAAAGUCCCGGAUUGGUCAAGUCACGGCAAAGCUGUGGUUUUGAUUCGGACUACCUGCUCCCCUACUCUUCACCAAAUCACCCCUCUAUUCCGCUUUUCCCCUCUCCUCCCACGUCCUCUCACAUCAUGUCUUCAGUCCUCAGUCCACCCCCCACACCUCUGCCCCCUCCUCCUCAUUCACCCUCCAAAAUGGACUCCCCCGGCUCAUUUGGAGGGAGCGCACAUUCGGUUUUCCAGGGGGAGGAAUCACUUGGUACACUCCAGUUUUUCAAUUCCCGCCUCCAGUCUCUCCCAUCUGUUCUCUCCUCUGGGAUGAUGUGGAAGUUCCCACUGCUGUCACACUGCUUUUCACAGUCGCCAUGUGACCCAAGCAUCAAUGAGGGCAACCUUAGAUCUCCCCACGGUGCUGACUAUGUCCCACGUGACAUCCUUCAAUCUCCCGAGACAUUCCUCACGUCGUCAUCCCAUCGUCCUUCCCCGCACCCUCCACCCAGAGCCCUCUGUCCACUGAAUACUCCAUCCCACCAUCCUCCCUGCCCUUCCUCUCAUCUUUCAGGCCUAAAUAAUGGGGCGGCAGAGAAGGUAGAGCCUUACACAGUGAACCAGAAAGUAAAGAAAGGACAAGUCGCGUUGAACCAGUCACUGGCCCAGCAUCACGCCCCUCCUCUUUACACUGGAACUCCGUUUAUCAGUGUGCUUCACUCCUGUUGGGGUCAGAAGAGAGGCCACUACACUCCCCGUCCUCUCCUUAAUCCAGUCCGCAAGGGGACGGGCCUGCUCUCAUCCCUCUCAUCACUCCAUCAUGGAGAUAAUACCAUAGAAGGGGAAUGUGGUGUGUUACAAUGUGUCAAUGUAGGUCAUGAGUUCCAGGCUGAACUUCCUACAUGUUUUGUGAAUGGUGAUAGGCCAGAGGAGGAAUCCUCCAGGGAGCAGCUGCUUUGGAAACCCUCGCUGGAGCUGGAGGAGAGUGUGAACAUGCAAAACCAAGUGGAGAAGCUGUUGUUAUUGUGUAGUUCAAGCUGUCUACCAGGAGGGGGGAGUAACACUGAGCUGGCUCUCCACUGUCUGCACCACUGCCAAGGCAACAUAAUGGCCACUGUGGACAUGUUGCUGUUCUGGCCGUCCUCAACAGCAGGAGACUACCACUAUGCUGGCAGCAAUUUCUGGACAGACACUGAGAAGAGUGUCUUCAGUGCAGCUCUGGAGACAUGCGGGAAAGACUUCUCACUCAUACAGGAAACGGUAAGGACUAAGACGGUGAGCCAGUGUGUCGAGUUUUACUACCUGAGCAAGAAGCUCCUGGACAAGCAGAGGAAACAGAGGGAGGAGGAGAAGAGAGAGGGAGAGCUGGAACGGCAGAAAAGUGUGACACCCAUCUGUCAGCCAGUGGACAGACAGUUUGGGCUGGCUGAGACAGUUCCUGUACCCUCAUUGGCCAGCUACUUCCCCUGCAAGCUGUGUGGAAAAAUGUUCUACAAAAUCAAGUCCCGCAACGCUCACAUGAAGAUCCACCGCCAGCCUCAGGAGGACUGGGCCGACCGGCGACUGCAGCACCAGCUCCUCACACAGCGUCUGGCUCUCAGUUGUCCCACCAAUCUGCUGCCAACUCAGACUCCAGCUCUCAGCUUCUCCUCAUCCUCUGGCCUUGCUGGAACACCAAGCAGCAACAACAGCAACACAAAUACUGUCACAAUCUCUCCCAGCAACGCCAGCGUGACAUACAAUGACCACAUCACUGUUUCAAACUCUCAUGUCAUCGCUACUAUUAACGACUCAGAUCCAAGAGAGCAAAGCAGUUCUUUACCCUUCCAGCAUUCAUGGGACUCAUUUGGACAUGGCCCCAGCCCGGCUGCCUUCUUUAGUCAUGCAGAGGGCAAAGAGGAUGUUGCUGGGAAAGUUGGGGGGGAAGAGCCAAUCAGCUGGCAGCAGAGCCUCUGAGGUCACCUCAAGCUGAAUUCAAACUUCUUUUUCAAAGAUUUUUUUUGUAAAUGAAUUAAUAAUGAAUAAAAUGUGAGUUUUAACUGUU